AAAUGGGGCAAGAACUGACUGACUCUUUGAAAAGUUGCCUUUUCAAGCAACUUUCACCAUGUUCUUUGUGAUGGUUUUACUUUUGGCUUUCUGCUUUCUUUGCAUUUAAUUUUCUUGUAGCUUGGGAUAAAGAUUUGUUCAAUCAAUGGCGACCUUGUAAACAAUUAUGGAGAUUUGUCUCACUUGGGACAACUUGGAUGAAUGUAGAGAAUAUUACGAACUGUGAAGACUCAUGGACGAAGAAGCCCAGGAGAGGAAAGAACAGGAGUCAGGCAUGGCUGUUUCUCAGGCACAGUUGACCUUCAAGGAUCUGUUCAUAGAUUUCACUCCCAAGGAGUGGGAAUGCCUGGACCCUGCCCAGAGGACCUUGUACAAGGACGUGAUGGUGGAGACCCUCAGGAACCUGCUGUCUGUAGAUAUGUCUCAUAUAGAUAAGAUCAAGAAAUUACAGGCAAAAGUAAACAGUGGUAAAGGGGAGAUUUUUCAAAGAGUGAUGUUUGGAAGAGCUGAAAACCUUGAAAUCAAAGAUUUUCACCUGAGGGACAUCCAGGAAAAUGUACAUGACUUUGAUUGUCUGUGGACAGAUGAUGAAAGAAAUGACAAAGGAAUGUCUACAUCCCAUAACAAAAACCUCACUGAUGGAAGACAUCAUCCUAGUAGAAGUGAUGUAGGAAAGAGACCUUUUGAGAGGCACGGAUCAAGCUUUCAGAAUAAAUUGCAGGUGGUACAAUCUGAAGGGAUAAUUUCUGAAUGUAGUCAAGUUGAUGCUCUUAUGCAUCCUUUAGAACUGUUACCAGACCAUGAAACACAAAAGAAAAGACCUUACAAAUGUAAUGAGUGUGACAUAACCUUUCUUCAGGACUCAGAACUCACUGGACAUCAAAGAAUCCAUAUAGGAGGAAAACCAUAUAAAUGCGACAUGCGUGGCAAGGCUUUUAAUCAAACUACAAAACUUGCAGUUCAUUGGAGAAUUCAUACUAGAGAGAAACCAUAUAAAUGUGAUGUGUGUGGCAAGGCGUUUGCUCAUACUGGACAUCUUGCUGUUCAUCAGAGAGUUCAUACUGGAGAGAAACCAUAUAAAUGUGAUGUAUGUGGCAAAGGCUUUAGUGAAACUUCAAGCCUUGCAGUUCAUCGGAGAGUUCAUACUGGAGAGAAGCCAUGUAAAUGUCAUGUAUGUGGCAAGUCCUUUAGUUCAAAUUCAAGCCUUGUAGUUCAUUGGAGAAUUCAUACUGGAGAGAAACCAUAUAAAUGUGAUGUAUGUGGCAAGGCCUUUAAUCAGUCUACACAUUUUGCAGUUCAUCGGAGAAUUCAUACUGGAGAGAAACCAUAUAAAUGUGAUGUAUGUGGCAAAGGCUUUAGUGAAACUUCAAGCCAUGCAGUUCAUCAGAGAGUUCAUACUGGAGAGAAGCCAUAUAAAUGUCAUGUAUGUGGCAAGUCCUUUACUUCAAAAUCAAGCCUUGCAGUUCAUCGGAGAAUUCAUACUGGAGAGAAACCCCAUAAAUGUGAUGUAUGUGACAAGGCAUUUACUCAUACAGGAGAUCUUGUUGUUCAUCAGAGAGUUCAUACUGGAGAGAAACCAUAUAAAUGUGAUGUAUGUGGCAAAGGCUUUAGUGAAACUUCAAGCCUUGCAGUUCAUCGGAGAGUUCAUACUGGAGAGAAGCCAUAUAAAUGUCAUGUAUGUGGCAAGUCCUUUACUUCAAAUUCAAACCUUGUAGUUCAUUGGAGAAUUCAUACUGGAGAGAAACCAUAUAAAUGUGAUGUAUGUGGCAAGGCUUUUAAUCAGUCUCCACAUCUUGCAGUUCAUCGGAGAAUUCAUACUCGAGAAAAACCAUAUAAAUGUGAUGUAUGUGGCAAAGGCUUUAGUGAAACUUCAAGGCUUGCAAUUCAUCGGAGAAUUCAUACUCGGGAGAAACCAUAUAAAUGUGAUGUGUGUGGCAAGGCGUAUGCUCAUACUGGACAUCUUGCUGUUCAUCAGAGAGUUCAUACUGGAGAGAAACCAUAUAAAUGUGAUGUAUGUGGCAAAGGCUUUAGUGAAACUUCAAGCCUUGCAGUUCAUCAGAGAGUUCAUACUGGAGAGAAACCAUAUAAAUGUGAUGUAUGUGGCAAGGCCUUUAAUCGGUCUACACAUCUUGCAGUUCAUCAGAGAAUUCAUACUGGAGAGAAACCGUAUAAAUGUGAUGUGUGUGGCAAAGGCUUUAGUGAAAAUUCAAGGCUUGCAAUUCAUCGGAGAAUUCAUACUGGAGAGAAGCCAUAUAAGUGUUAUGUAUGUGGCAAGUCCUUUCGUUCAAGUUCAAGCCUUGCAGUUCAUCGGAGAGUUCAUACUGGAGAGAAACCAUAUAAAUGUGAUGUAUGUGGCAAAGGCUUUAGUAUAAGUUCAAGCCUUGCAGUUCAUUGGAGAAUUCAUACUGGAGAGAAGCCAUAUAAAUGUGAUGUGUGUGGCAAGGCGUUUACUCGUACUGGACAUCUUGCUGUUCAUCAGAGAGUUCAUACUGGAGAGAAACCAUAUAAAUGCGAUGUAUGUGGUAAAGGAUUUAGUAUAAGUUCAAGCCUUGCAGUUCAUCAGAGAAUUCAUACUGGAGAGAAGCCAUAUAAAUGUGAUGUGUGUGGCAAGGCGUUUACUCGUACUGGACAUCUUGCUGUUCAUCAGAGAGUUCAUACUGGAGAGAAAGCAUAUAAAUGCUAUGUAUGUGGCAAAGGCUUUAGUGAAACUUCAACACUUGCAGUUCAUCAGAAAAUUCAUACUGGAGAGAAACCAUAUAAAUGUGGUGUGUGUGAUCACUGCUUUCAAGAAAGUACACACCUUGAAAAUCAUCAGAGAAUUCAUACCGGAGUGAAGCCAUAUAAAUGUGAUGUUUCGGGAAAGGACUUUAGUCAAACUGCAAGCCUUGCAGUUCAUCAGAGAAUUCAUUCUGGAGAGAAGCCAUACAAAUGCAAUGUAUGUGACAAGGCGUUUUGUCAUACUGGAAGCCUUACUGUUCAUCAGAGACUUCAUACUGGAGUGAAACCGUAUAAAUGUGAUGUGUGUGGCAGGACUUUUAGAGUAAAUUCACACCUUGCUGUUCAUUUGCGAGUACAUACUGGAGAGAAACAAUAUAAAUAUGAUGUAUGUGGCAAGGCCUUUAAUGAAGCUGCAAAGCUUGCAGUUCAUUGGAGAUUCCAUAUGGGAGAGAAACCAUAUAAAUGUGAUAUAUGUGGCAGAGCCUUUAGUCAAACUGCAAGCCUUGCAGUUCAUCGGAGAAUUCAUACUGGAGAGACACCAUAUAAAUGUGAUGUGUGUGGCAAGGUGUUUACUCGUACUGGACAUCUUGCUGUUCAUCAGAGAGUUCAUACUGGAGAGAAACCAUAUAAAUGUGAUGUAUGUGGCAAAGGCUUUAGUGAAACUUCAAGCCUUGCAGUUCAUCGGAGAGUUCAUACUGGAGAGAAGCCAUAUAAAUGUCAUGUAUGUGGCAAGUCCUUUACUUCAAAUUCAAACCUUGUAGUUCAUUGGAGAAUUCAUACUGGAGAGAAACCAUAUAAAUGUGAUGUAUGUGGCAAGGCUUUUAAUCAGUCUCCACAUCUUGCAGUUCAUCGGAGAAUUCAUACUCGAGAGAAACCAUAUAAAUGUGAUGCAUGUGGCAAAGGCUUUAGUGAAACUUCAAGGCUUGCAAUUCAUCGGAGAAUUCAUACUGGAGAGACACCAUAUAAAUGUGAUGUGUGUGGCAAGGCGUAUGCUCAUACUGGACAUCUUGCUGUUCAUCAGAGAGUUCAUACUGGAGAGAAACCAUAUAAAUGUGAUGUAUGUGGCAAAGGCUUUAGUGAAACUUCAAGCCUUGCAGUUCAUCAGAGAGUUCAUACUGGAGAGAAACCAUAUAAAUGUGAUGUAUGUGGCAAGGCCUUUAAUCGGUCUACACAUCUUGCAGUUCAUCAGAGAAUUCAUACUGGAGAGAAACCGUAUAAAUGUGAUGUAUGUGGCAAAGGCUUUAGUGAAAAUUCAAGGCUUGCAAUUCAUCGGAGAAUUCAUACUGGAGAGAAGCCAUAUAAGUGUCAUGUAUGGGGCAAGUCCUUUCGUUCAAGUUCAAGCCUUGCAGUUCAUCGGAGAGUUCAUACUGGAGAGAAACCAUAUAAAUGUGAUGUAUGUGGCAAAGGCUUUAGUAUAACUUCAAGCCUUGCAGUUCAUCGGAGAAUUCAUACCGGAGAGAAGCCAUAUAAAUGUGAUGUGUGUGGCAAAGGCUUUAGUAUAAGUUCAAGCCUUGCAGUUCAUCGGAGAAUUCAUACUGGAGAGAAGCCAUAUAAAUGUGAUGUGUGUGGCAAGGCGUUUACUCGUACUGGACAUCUUGCUGUUCAUCAGAGAGUUCAUACUGGAGAGAAACCAUAUAAAUGCGAUGUAUGUGGUAAAGGAUUUAGUAUAAGUUCAAGCCUUGCAGUUCAUCAGAGAAUUCAUACUGGAGAGAAGCCAUAUAAAUGUGAUGUGUGUGGCAAGGCGUUUACUCGUACUGGACAUCUUGCUGUUCAUCAGAGAGUUCAUACUGGAGAGAAAGCAUAUAAAUGCUAUGUAUGUGGCAAAGGCUUUAGUGAAACUUCAACACUUGCAGUUCAUCAGAAAAUUCAUACUGGAGAGAAACCAUAUAAAUGUGGUGUGUGUGAUCACUGCUUUCAAGAAAGUACACACCUUGAAAAUCAUCAGAGAAUUCAUACCGGAGUGAAGCCAUAUAAAUGUGAUGUUUCGGGAAAGGACUUUAGUCAAACUGCAAGCCUUGCAGUUCAUCAGAGAAUUCAUUCUGGAGAGAAGCCAUACAAAUGCAAUGUAUGUGACAAGGCGUUUUGUCAUACUGGAAGCCUUACUGUUCAUCAGAGACUUCAUACUGGAGUGAAACCGUAUAAAUGUGAUGUGUGUGGCAGGACAUUUAGAGUAAAUUCACACCUUGCUGUUCAUUUGCGAGUACAUACUGGAGAGAAACAAUAUAAAUGUGAUGUAUGUGGCAAAGCCUUUAAUGAAGCUGCGAAGCUUGCAGUUCAUUGGAGAUUCCAUAUGGGAGAGAAACCAUAUAAAUGUGAUAUAUGUGGCAGAGCCUUUAGUCAAACUGCAAGCCUUGCAGUUCAUCGGAGAAUUCAUACUGGAGAGACACCAUAUAAAUGUGAUGUGUGUGGCAAGGUGUUUACUCGUACUGGACAUCUUGCUGUUCAUCAGAGAGUUCAUACUGGAGAGAAGCCAUAUAAAUGUCAUGUAUGUGGCAAGUCCUUUAGUUCAAAUUCAAGCCUUGCAGUUCAUCGGAGAGUUCAUACUGGAGAGAAACCAUAUAAAUGUGAUGUGUGUGGCAAGGCAUUUACUCAUACAGGAGAUCUUGCUGUUCAUCAGAGAGUUCAUACUGGAGAGAAACCAUAUAAAUGUGAUGUAUGUGGCAAAGGCUUUAGUGAAACUUCAAGCCUUGCAGUUCAUCGGAGAGUUCAUACUGGAGAGAAGCCAUAUAAAUGUCAUGUAUGUGGCAAGUCCUUUACUUCAAAUUCAAACCUUGUAGUUCAUUGGAGAAUUCAUACUGGAGAGAAACCAUAUAAAUGUGAUGUAUGUGGCAAGGCUUUUAAUCAGUCUCCACAUCUUGCAGUUCAUCGGAGAAUUCAUACUCGAGAGAAACCAUAUAAAUGUGAUGCAUGUGGCAAAGGCUUUAGUGAAACUUCAAGGCUUGCAAUUCAUCAGAGAAUUCAUACUGGAGAGACACCAUAUAAAUGUGAUGUGUGUGGCAAGGCGUAUGCUCAUACUGGACAUCUUGCUGUUCAUCAGAGAGUUCAUACUGGAGAGAAACCAUAUAAAUGUGAUGUAUGUGGCAAGGCCUUUAAUCGGUCUACACAUCUUGCAGUUCAUCAGAGAAUUCAUACUGGAGAGAAACCGUAUAAAUGUGAUGUAUGUGGCAAAGGCUUUAGUGAAAAUUCAAGGCUUGCAAUUCAUCGGAGAAUUCAUACUGGAGAGAAGCCAUAUAAGUGUCAUGUAUGUGGCAAGUCCUUUCGUUCAAGUUCAAGCCUUGCAGUUCAUCGGAGAGUUCAUACUGGAGAGAAACCAUAUAAAUGUGAUGUAUGUGGCAAAGGCUUUAGUAUAACUUCAAGCCUUGCAGUUCAUCGGAGAAUUCAUACCGGAGAGAAGCCAUAUAAAUGUGAUGUGUGUGGCAAAGGCUUUAGUAUAAGUUCAAGCCUUGCAGUUCAUCGGAGAAUUCAUACUGGAGAGAAGCCAUAUAAAUGUGAUGUGUGUGGCAAGGCGUUUACUCAUACUGGACAUCUUGCUGUUCAUCAGAGAGUUCAUACUGGAGAGAAACCAUAUAAAUGCGAUGUAUGUGGCAAAGGCUUUAGUAUAAGUUCAAGCCUUGCAGUUCAUCGGAGAAUUCAUACUGGAGAGAAGCCAUAUAAAUGUGAUGUGUGUGGCAAGGCGUUUACUCGUACUGGACAUCUUGCUGUUCAUCAGAGAGUUCAUACUGGAGAGAAAUCUUAAAAAUGUGAUGUGUGGCGGCAAGGACUUUAAUCAGACUGCAAAACUUGUUCUUCAUCGGAGAAUUCAUACUGGAGAGAAACCA